GAUGUGUAGGAGCUCCGAUUGCAUUUCUUCGUAGUACACUUUCGUUUUAGGCAAGGAAAGAAUUGAGACAGAUUAGCAAUUUUGUGGGUGUUUUAUUCAAUCGCACACUGAGCUCAAUGGCCUCAAACGACGAUGCUGCCAUUUGCGUGAUGAGAGUGCUGUGCAGGUGUAAUUGUAGGACAUCUUUGAAGCAGCUUUUCAGUCACCUCAAUAAAGAUGGGUUCAACAUAAAAAGCUGCCAAGGCCUUCAGAAAUUUCUUGAGAAGUAUCCAGUAUUUCAAAUACAAGAACCAAAGCUUCCUGGCAGCCUUGUUUUCCUGUCUGCACCAGUACCCAUCUGUGAGGAUCAUUCCACAAAAAAUGGUGUCUGUAACCAAGAAGGUGUCUGUGAUGCUCUUCACAUAUGCAAAUUCUUCCUUUUGUCAGACUCGUGCAAGUUUCAGGCAAAAGGGACAUGUGUAUAUGGCCACAACCUUCAAACAACACACAACCUGCAAGUUCUACAGUCCUAUCUUAUGGACAGGCUGAGUAAUCUUGAGAUCAAGAUAAUAUUAAGGUGCAUAGAAAACCGCACCUUUCUUACCAAACCAGGAAUCUGUUCUUACUACAACAUAGAAAAGGGAUGCAAUAGAACAACCUGUUCCUUUCUACAUCUCUGCCACCAUUACCUGUCCGGUUCAUGCAAGUUUGGUAGCAAGUGUAAGAGGAGCCACAACAUCCAUGAUCCAAAUGUAACCAGCAUCCUGGUCAAAUAUGGUAUUGGCUGCCAGCGACCUGAGAAUGAAAUUCUGAAUGACCUCAGAACCUUAUUUGACACGUCCACUGAGAGACCUCUAAGCAGACACAGCUCAGUAACAUCUUUGCCAGACUGCACUCAGCCAUCUGCAAGAGGACCAAGAUCUAGAUCAUUAGGUCCUAAAAGAAACCGGAGAGUACGCUCCCCUUCACCAGCUGAUUCAGAUGCUGACUACGGGCCUCAAGAUCAGUAUGAACCCCAAGGACCACAGAUGCCACAACAGCAUGAAUCUCAAAGAGCCGGAGGAAGACCAAGAAGAAAGAUGCUAGAUCCCCAGCAUCAAAACCAAGGACAAAGAAAUGACGGAACUCGACCAAAGUCCAAUCAGAAGACCAGGUCACAGUCCAUGGGAAGACCUUCCUAUGACAAACAGGUUUCACAGACAUCUGACAAGGACACCCUGGAUAUUUGUACUUUUUUCUUAAAAGGGAAGUGUUGGUAUGGCGACAACUGCAUGAAACAUCACAAGGACAUGAUAUACCAGUGGCAGUGUCGGAAGAAACAAGGAAAAGCUGACUGUCGGCAAGAAUGGAAGGAUUUUGAUGAGGAAACUAACACCAACAUAGAAAUGAACUUUUGUCAGCCAGACAAAAUUGAAUGCUUUGUCAAAUUUGGUGGAGUUAUUAAAAUCAGCUUCACUGAUGACCCUAUGACAGGAAGUGGGGAGGACGCUGAAAUGGACAUUCGUCGACUGUCCACCCUAUCAUCUGAGGAUCCGAGUACAACACCUGUGGUUCACAAGUGGAUAACAGACUGGAAGUGGUAUUGGGAGACUCAGUUUGGAGACUGGACAGAGUAUGGAGUAAAGGAUUUUCGUGGUUUCACCUCGACUAUAGACAGUGAGGCCAUCGAGAAGGAGUAUUUAGCUGAUCCCAAGGGAUCUAUUGACUUCAAUACAGCUGAGUACAGCUACAACCUCAACUUGUCCACAAUGACACAGGACAACACACAGGUCAAGACAGUACGGAAUGUCAGAAGGCGGCCAUAUUUCUACAAGAAGGGAGACUUGAAAAACAGGAACGUGGCACCAUCCUCUGACAGUGUCGAAGUGCCGGAUGUAUGGAGCUGCAAGAAGUUCAAGUCAACCAAACAACUUUUCGCUCAUUUUAGCCGUCCCGAUGUUGAUGGCACCACAGAAGAAUACAAAAAAGUAAAAGAUCUUUUCUACAAAACUCUCCCAAGCAGCAGAGUGAUCAAAUCAAUCAAGCGCAUUGAAAAUGGAGAAUUGUGGGCUAAUUACUAUGUGAGAAACGGCCAAAUGACAAUCAAGGCGGGAAAACCUGUGAAGGAAAUGAGCCUGUUUCAUGGAACUUUGGAACAAUACAUCGAUCCCAUCUGCCACCAGGGCUUUGACUCCCGAUUUAGCGGAAGAACAACUGGCACGAGGCAUGGACGCGGAAGCUAUUUUGCAAGAGAUGCUAAAUAUUCUGACUCAUACACUGAACAAACAGAAUCACAAAAGAAAAUGUUUGUCGCGAAAGUUCUUGUUGGAGAAAGUGCAAGAGGAAGUCCUGAUUAUGUGCGUCCUCCUCCCAAAAGUGCACAGAAUGAGUAUGAGCUGUACGACUCUUGUGUGAAUGAUCCGUCAGAUCCUUCCAUCUUUGUUAUCUUCUCACCAGAACAGUCAUACCCAGAAUAUCUCAUAUCCUACGAUUGAGAAUGUUCUGUAUCUUGAAUGACUUUAGCAGAUAAUGCUUCUUUCAGUAGAUAUUUGUCUAGACCUGCUCGGCAGUGAAUAUUCAGACUCAAAUCUUCGUAUUUGGUAAAAAUUGCCCAAUUUGCCAAGUCAUAUGGUUUUGGCAGGGAUUUU